UAAAUAAAUGGUACCAUUUACCAAAUCUGAAAUGUCAGCCUCCCCAAAACAACUAUUUGCAUAUACCAGGUUCAGUUUCCAGUGAACCUUAUUCUUAUUGUCUUAGAGUAUUUGUUGACAGCUAGGGACAACUAAGACCUCUAGUUUUUCUGGAAACUUCUUGCCCACUAAGUCUAUUACAUAGAAGAGUCAUCCUAACUAUUUUUAGUUGUUUUAUAUAUUGUCUUCAUAACUUAUUUGAAGAUGAGAGAGCAUAACUUAUUUGAAAUUGGGGCUGUAUCUUCAAUAUAUGUUUUUUAUAGCCAUGACAGUUCUAGCCAAUUGUGGUUUACUGUGUUAAGGAAUGAACAGCAACAGCAUCACAUAUCACAAAGAAUGUAACUUAGAAAAGAAAAUAGGAAUUUAGGAGAGAAUAUAAUUUAAAUCCAUCAAUAAACACACAAGGUAGAGCAAUCUUCUGUCUCAACUUACUUGAUUUUGUUUAAAACCUGAGAAUCUGUAGAGUCACUUGGUGGCGCUGCAGGAUAAGAUAGGGUAAUUUUUGUUACAUCAGAAGCCAUUGGCUUCCAUUAACCAGUGGAGCUGAGAGCACUAAAGAAGCAGGAAGGGGAAAAAGAGGCUUUCAAAAGAAAGCUAGGCAGCCAACAAAAGCCUCACAGCGGGAUUAUAAAUCUAUAGAUUACUAAAGGUCCAGGCUGAUUGGGAGGAGCAACUCCUGGAGCUGUUUGAGAUUGAGCUGAAACAUUUCCAAAGAAAGGCGUUUGGCUAAGGAGCCAUGGAGCUGGGAGAGGAGAGCCCUCAGCAUGUAAGGCAAGUGCUGCUUUUCUUUGUUUUCCUGGGAGGGUCUUUGGUGUGUUCAGAGACCAGGCGCUAUUCUGUGGCAGAGGAAACGGAGACCGGAUCCUUUAUAGCCAACGUGGUGAAAGACAUAGGUUCAGGUGUGGAAGACCUGGCUGCGCGGGGGGCUAGGGUCAUCUUUGACGAUUAUAAAUCAUACUUGUGGUUGGAUCCGCAGACUGGCAACUUGCUUUUAAAUGAGGAAUUGGACCGGGAGGCACUUUGCGAUCUCACGGAGCCAUGUAUGUUGCAUUUCCAGGUGUUACUGGAAAAUCCUUUGCAAUUUUUUCAGGCUGAGCUUUGGGUUAAAGACAUAAAUGAUCACACUCCCACAUUCCUAGAUAAAGACAUACUUCUGAGAAUCUCGGAAGGUACUGCUCCAGGAACCGAAUUCCAAAUGGAGAGUGCUCAGGAUUUGGAUGUAGGAAAGAAUGGCGUCCAAAACUACACAUUAAGUCCCAAUCCUCAUUUCCACCUCAAAGUACAAGACAGUGAUGAGGGCAAGAAAUACCCGGAGCUGGUACUGGACCAAUCCCUGGAUCGAGAAAAGGAGCCCGAGAUUAGAUUAACGCUAACAGCCUUGGAUGGUGGGUCUCCGCCCAGGUCUGGAACUGCAGUGGUUCGUGUUUUGGUUUUAGAUAUCAAUGACAAUGCACCGGAGUUUGAAAGGCCUGUCUAUGAGGUUCAGGUACCAGAAAACAGCCCUCUGGACUCCUUAGUCAUCAAGGUGUCUGCUACAGAUUUAGACGCAGGAAUAAAUGGAGAACUAACUUACUCAUUUUCCCACGUCUCCAAAGACACACGGAAAACAUUUGAAAUCCAUCCAACUUCUGGCGAAGUCCACUUAAAAGCGCUUCUGGAUUUUGAGUUAGUUCAGUCUUACACAAUAAAUAUUCAGGCCACUGAUGGUGGGAGUCUCUCAGGAAAAUCAGCAAUUUUGGUUCGGGUUGUAGAUGUGAAUGACAACCCUCCGGAAAUAGUCAUGACAUCUCUUACCAGCCCCAUACCAGAAAAUUCCUCGCCUGAAAUGGUGGUCGCUGUUUUCAGCUUACGAGACCAAGACUCUGGAGAUAACGGGAAGAUGGUUUGCUCAAUUCAGGACAAUCUCCCCUUUCUCUUGAAGCCUACUUUUAAGAACUUCUACACCCUGGUAACAGAACGGCCAUUGGACCGAGAGACCAGUACCGAGUACAACAUCACCAUCACGGUCACCGACUUGGGGACCCCCAGGCUGAAAACCCAGCACAACAUCACCCUGCUGGUCUCCGACGUCAACGACAACGCCCCCGCCUUCACCCAAACCUCCUACACCCUGUUCCUCCGCGAGAACAACAGCCCCGCCCUGCACAUCGGCAGCGUCAGCGCCACAGACAGAGACGCGGGCGCCAACGCCCAGCUCACCUACUCGCUGCUGCCGCCCCACGACCCGCAGCUGCCCCUGGCCUCGCUGGUGUCCAUCAACGCGGACAACGGCCACCUGUUCGCCCUGAGGGCGCUGGACUUCGAGGCGCUGCAGGCGUUCGAGUUCCGCGUGGGCGACGCGGCCAAGCACAGGCUGCUGGUGCUGGUCAAGGACAAUGGCGAGCCCGCGCUGUCUGCCAGCGUCACGCUGCACGUGCUGCUGGUGGAUGGCUUUUCGCAGCCCUACCUGCCGCUGCCCGAAGUGGCGGCCGACCAGGCGCAGGCCGACCCGCUGACCGUGUACCUGGUCAUCGCGUUGGCGUCGGUGUCGUCGCUGUUCCUGUUCUCGGUGCUGGCGUUCAUCGCGGUGCGGCUGUGCAGGCGGAGCAGGGCCGCCUGGGUGGGUGGCUGUUCGGUGCCUGAGGGCCACUUUCCGGGCCACCUGGUGGACAUCAGCGGCACAGGAACCCUGUCCCAGAGCUACCAGUAUGAGGUGUGUCUGACGGGAGGCUCAGGGACCAGUGAAUUCAAGUUCCUUAAACCAGUUAUCCCCAGCCUCCCGCCCCAAAAUCCUGAAAAGGAGGAAAGCCACACCUUUCUCAAUGGCUUUGGGUUCAAUUAGGAAUUCCAUUAUUAUGCAAAACUUGUAGAAAGAGUGCUAUUUCUUUGUAAAAUUUAUUCAUUGUAAUGUAAAAUUAUUUCUUUUGAGUAACCUCACUAAGAGCUCAGAAAUUUCAAUGUCUACUUUCUGCUCUUCUUUAUAUUAACUGGAAAAAAACUGAGGGAGCUAGAAUUUGUUUAGUCUUUCUUCCAAAAUGCAACCUCAAAUAAUUUAUUUACACGAUGGAGCAAAAGUAGGUUUACAGUUAUUCAUAUGGAAAAUAAUACA